AUGUUUCGAAAAAAGAAAUCAACAGCAGCGAUCGCUGACCAUAAAGUACAACAACUGAUGGUGUCUGGUCGAACAGAAGCUGUAGCUUCAUCUGCUCAACAGCGUAUCUACAUGCAUGAAAAUCUUUAUUUUAGUGGUUCCGAUUUGUCUGUCUACAAUAGACUGGUUCCAUUGCAGAUCAAACGAGGUUCAGUCUUAAUAGAGCAUAUUCGUUUAUCCUUAGCCUCAAUGAUUCAGCAGCAUACAGUUCUUCGCACUGCCAUUCGUUUCAAUCCAAUGAAUAAUCAAAUUGAGCAAAACAUUCUACCACUUACCGGUGAUAUCUAUUCCUUUCAACAUUCUCGAGGUGUUUCCACAUUAGAACAACUUGAUCAUCUACUGACGAAUGAAACAAUUGGAAAACAUUUCGAUAUUGAAAAUGGAAAAGUUAUACGAUGUCAUGUAGUACAACGAUCUUCUGAGAAUCAUGAUGAGUUACUAUACGAAGGUGAUCUGAUUAUUUUUGUGAUUCACCAUAUCGCAUUUGAUCUCAGCUCAUUCAAACCAUUUCUGAAAGCCUUUGAACGAGCAUGCUGGGCAAAUGAAUAUCAGCAGCCAGUGUUAGCAAUUCCACAAUACAUUGACUUUGCAUUGUACGAACAAGCAUUGUUAGCCGACACAAGUGCAGAGUCAAAUAUGAACAAGGCUCGUCGGUUUUGGGCUAAUCUUAUGCAUGGAUACGACUGGGAUAGAAUACGACAUUUGGCGCCCGAUGAAAGCCAAAUUGAUCGACAUCGUUCUGGUCGUGGUUAUUCAUCUGCAUUUAUUAUUGAUCAAGAUGUGGUUGAUGCAAUGAUGUUAUUUGCUUCAAUCAACAACGUGACAAUGUUUUCAUUGUCUCUUGCCUGUUAUUAUGUAUUUUUAUUUAACCUGACCAAUCAUAAUGAUGACUUGUGUGUAGUAAGCAGUGCAGGUAAUCGAUCUGAGAAAGAGUUACAAGACAUGAUUGGUAUGUUUGUCAAUCUUCUAUUAUACCGAGUCAAAAUUGAACCAAAUACUACAUUUAAACACCUCGUACAACAAGUACAACAGCUAAGUAAUGAAAUUCUCGUACAUGCUUCUUUACCUUAUCAACAGAUUAUUGAUUCCCAAGGCAAACGAGAAAAAAAUGUAUUACCUUCAAUGUUUUUCCAGUAUGAAUCUUUGGUAUCAUUAUUAAUACCGAAAAACUCAAUCGAAUUAACUCUGAGCGAAGGUUCAGCUGUAAGCGGUUACCAUGAUAGAGAUCUGAAUCACCAGAACGAUAUAUCACUAUUUGAUAUCUCUCUUACAAUUGCUCAUGACCAUAAUACGCGAAGUACCGAAUGUUUUCUGAAUUGUUCGGCUGAUAUAUUUCAACAUCAAGAUGAUGUCGAUCUAUUGUCCAAGCGUUUCCAACAUAUUCUUACGCAAAUCUUUUCAUUUCCGAUGCUUCAAGAAUCCAUCCAUAAACUUACUAUCCUUCUUCCUACUGAACAAAUAUCAUUGUCAGAUCCAAGUACAUGCACAAUUCCUAAAAGCUCAAUCAUUAACCAACAAAUGUCAAUGACUGAAGCAAGUAUGUUUUGGCUUGAUACUCUUCAUGAUUGUAAGCUCGAUCAACCUUUAUCAUUACCAUUUGAUCGAUAUCGUCUCUCAGAUGAACAUCGAACUGGUCGUAGAAUAUCUAUUUCUUUUGAUUUUGGUCAAGAUCUCUCACAUCACUUUCUUACUCAUGCAUCAUCAAAUAAUAUCAAACAUGAACAUUUAGCACUUGCUAUUUACUAUAUUUAUUUAUUCAAACUAACGAAUGGUGAAAAAGAUCUAUGUAUUGCUAUGAAUAUCGACAAUCGUGAUAAAGAUGAACUAAAGCCUAUGAUUGGACUAUUCGAUAAGGUUAUUCCAUUGCGAUGUCAACUAGAUCCUCACUGGUCUUUCCAUCAACUGCUUCAGCAUGUAGAAGAGGCAACAACAAAGAAUAUAAAAUAUUCUUACUUUCCUCUUCAACGUAUCCUCAAUCAACAUCCAAAUGUUUUACAAUCAGCAUUUCUAGAUGUAUCAUUUGCAUUUAUAUCAUCUAUGAGAAGAGAUGAGGAGAAUGAAAUAAUGAUUGGUGAUAGUCAGCUUUCUUCGAUACCCUCCACAAUGAACAUUAAUGAUUUCUCACUUAUAAUUCAACAUGAUCUCAAUAUCAAUCAACUCUUAUGCACAGUCAAUGCAUCACUUGAUUUAUUCAAUGUUGAAACAAUUGAUAACAUAUCUCAACGAUUCCAUUCAGUCUUGAAACAAUUCUUUGUGUCUGCUGAUGAUCAAAUGAGUAAAUCAAUCUAUGAAAUAUCAUUAACAUUACCAAAUGAAAGAUUACUCAUGCAAUCAAUCAACAAUGCACAAGUAUCAUUUUCAUCACCUGUCACUUGUAUUCAUCAUGAAUUUGUAUAUCAAGUAAUGAAACAUCCACAAAAACUAGCUGUUGAACUAGAUGAACAAUCAUUGGCAUAUGCUGAACUUCUAUAUUAUGUUCAAGUCUUAUCUUUCAUUCUUGCUAAUGAAUAUCAUGUGUUUCCAGGUGAGGUCGUGUGUCAAUGUGUUGAGCGAAGUCUGUCGAUGGUAAGUUAA